AUGCAACGCGGUCUGCUGAAUGGAGGUUCAUACACGGCCCUGGGCCAGGUAUACCAUGGUACCACUCUUCCUAACAAAAAGAGUGAUAUUAAGAAAUUAUUAAAUAUUGGAGCAGCAGCAAAAAAGAAGUUAGAACCAUUUUUCCGUGGAGUUAAGUGUGAAAUGACCGAGGCAUUAACAGAAAAACCAAAACUGCAACUGGAGGAGAACAAAGGCCUAGUGAAAAUGCCUACACUUAACGCUGAAGAAACUGCUCUACUCAGCAUGGAUGACAUCGAGCUCAAGAACAUCCAGCUGCAGUUCCCGAGUUCGCGCCGUUUCAGCGGCGACGGCGGCUGCGUGGAAGUGAGGGUGCGCACCGACCGCGGCGACAUUUUGGUCGCGGUGCAAGGUGACCGCUCCAAGCCCGCCAUCUUCACCUAUCACGACAUCGGCCUUAACUAUAUCUGCUUCCAACCGUUCUUCAACUUCGUGGACAUGCGCGCUCUCUUGGAGAACUUCUGCGUGUACCACAUCAACGCUCCGGGGCAGGAGGAAGGCGCUCCAAGCCUGCCUGAAGACUAUGUAUACCCGACCAUGGACGAGCUGGCCAACCAGUUAAACUACGUGCUAGGCCACUUCGGCGUCAAGUCAUUCGUCGGUUUCGGAGUGGGCGCUGGCGCGAACAUCCUCGCUAGAUUCGCGCUCGCUCACCCGCAGAAGGUGGAAGCUCUCACCUUAAUCAAUUGCACGUCGAGCCAGGCCGGCUGGAUCGAGUGGGCCUAUCAGAAGAUGAACACCCGUUCCCUGCGCUCGCGCGGCAUGACCCAAGGCGUGCUUGACUACCUCAUGUGGCAUCACUUUGGAAGGUUCGCCGAGGAGCGCAACCACGACCUCGCGCAGAUGUACCGCGCGUACUUCACGCGCAACGUGAACCCCGCCAACCUGUCGCUGCUCAUGGACUCGUACGUGCGCCGCUCCGACCUGGGCAUAGCGCGCGACGCCACCACCAUCCGAGCGCCCGUCCUCAACAUCACCGGCGCCCUAUCGCCGCACGUCGACGACACGGUCACCUUCAACGGCCGCCUGCAGCCCACCAACUCCACCUGGAUGAAGAUAUCCGAUUCUGGUAUGGUGCUAGAAGAACAGCCAGGCAAGAUCUCGGAGGCUUUCCGUCUGUUCUUGCAGGGUGAGGGCUACGUGGCGCCUCUGUCACCGACGAAGAUCGUAGCGUUCCGGCGGCUGUCCGACGCGGGCCGCCGCCGCCCAUGCCGCCACUCGUCUGUCAUCCGCAUAACCGAGAACCCCAUCUCGGAGGUGGUGGUCUGC